CGAAAAUCAUUGCAGGCUUCCUUCGACAAACAGCUUUUAUUUUCUCGAUUCACUCAAUGGCUACGAAUUUCAAGCUUCUUGGCUAUGGCCACACAGGCAUGGCCGUUCGCUCAAUGUCCGAUAGCCUCCGGUUUUGGAGGGAUACUAUUGGGGUUCCGGUCAUCUGGGAGCAGCAGGUUCCUCCCGAAGCAACCCAUACCAUCACCGGCGCCCCGGUUGGCGCAACUAUGAAGGUGGUCUUCCUGGGGUUGCCACAAACGCCCCGUGUGGGCGGCAGCGACCAGCCAAAUCAUGUCUCCACGCUCGAGCUGAUGGAGUACGAGCUGCCGGCUGAUCUUCCCGAGGCAGACAGGGCCCGUACACCGCAGGCAAGGCCAUGGGACAUUGGCGCUGUACAUGUCAACUUGGUUGUGCAGGGCCUGGACGACAUUUUGGAAAGGGUCAAGGCUGAGGGCUAUCAUGUUUUUAGUGGUAUAUUCACUGUUCCUCAGGAUGCACCAAUCCUGGAAGCUAGGGGACAGCGAAUCUGCUAUGUGAGGGGCCCAGAUGGGGAACUCGUUGAGUUGACAGAGAUUCCAGAGUAGGGAUGGACAGCGAAAUACUUGUCUGGA